AUGACCUCCGAGCGCCCCAGCAGAGGGGACGCUUCCAACGACGCUGCCGAUAACAGUAAAAACUGGUACAGCAAGCUGCUAUCACGACGCGUCGACCUCGUGGGCGACUAUGCCGGCAACGAACUGUUCCUGAUCGAGGGCGAUUCUCUACUUCUCAACGCUUUCUCCGAUGACAAGCUUGAUUUUACAGACGGGUUCCAGGUUCUACAUGCAGCCUACAAUGUGGAGAAUUUCCUCCAGAAUCUCCUGCGGCGAAAAUGCAAUUUCCACGUCGCUUUCUUCGACAAUCAUGAAGAGUGCUGUGUCCCGCCAUCUACUCUACCUGAGAACAAGGACAAGUAUCUUCUGGCACGAGCAGCGAUAAUUCGCCACCUUCAGAAAAACAUUGGAAUGACGCAGCCGCGCUUGAGUAUCAAGACAUUUCAGUCUUUUGACAGCGAUGAGUUUACGAAGUACCUGGAGCAAACAGGUCUCUACUUCAUCAUGUGUCAUGAUGGGGCUGUGUCAGUGCCACCACAAUCGGCCAAGCCGCCGGUGGAGGACGUCUCUGAAGAUAGCGACGAAGAACUUACCGAAUCUGGUGAAGAUAGCGACGAAGACGGCUCCGAAGACGACCCUGAGCAUGAUGAGUCUGAGGACGAUGAGUCUGAGGAUGAUGCUUCUUCCGAGGAAGACAGCGGUGAUGAAGAUGCACGGCAUGUGCGUAGUAGACGGGCUUUCCGCAACUUGAUACACUGGUGCAUUCGAAAAGGCUACAACGUUGCGCUCAUAAACGGCCUUGAGUGGAGAGACACCAAGGUCAUCACCGUCGUUCUUGAGGGCCACUCAUUCCGCCACGGAGGACUCGGUGCUGGAAUCCGGAAUACCAAUUCCACUUCACCGACCGAGGAACCCCCCAGCAACCGUGCUUGGACCUCCUAUAUUCAAAAGCUGGCCCAGCACGGGAUUGGCGCCCGUCCUGAAGGCCAGGGCAAGUUUACGGAACGCGAGUGCCUUGCGGUGCUCACGGUUGCCAAAAUGCUUUCCCAAGACGAAUGCGACACUCAAACAGCCUCGAAGUUCCUCCUACACAUUGCUCUUCUACGCCAUUAUGCAUUGACGGAGCGGCGCGUGUCAGCCACCAAGACAUCGGAUAGCGAAGAAUUCUUGCAAGAGUAUGCAAGCAGUUGUCUUUCGCUUAUGAGAACCUGGAAUGAGUCAGAGCUGGCUGUUCGAAGCUCGAUAGUUUGCGAUGUCGCCGAUUUGUUGGACGGUAGGCUAUUCAAUGCAUGCGUCGCCUCUAAAACCGCAGCCGUCAUGGACGACAAGACUGAGGCGCUCCUGAAAGCUCUCAUCAGCGCUACACUUGCACUCUGCGGCAUCGCAGUGCCGAACUCCCUCCACAAUACACGAAGCCAGAAGCUGCAAUCCACAACGAACAGCCAGAAUCAUCAAUCACGCACCACGAGCCGAAGUAUGUCGGUACUACCGUUCAACAAUCCUGUGUUUGAUACCCAUCUGGUCUCCGUCCACUUGUCCACCGACGACACCCUCUCACAGGUAAGCGAGUCGGCUUCAAGAGUGUUUCGAGAGCUUUCGCACUGGCACAACGCGAAACGACCGCUCGACCGCAAGAUUGCUCCGGACGCGAAACAGGCUUUCUAUGCGAACAGGCGGAACCAGCGGUGGAUGGCGGAGAUGAUGGCUUAUGCGGCAAGUCUUACCAAUGCUGUCGGCAACGCUCUUGAACCCGAGACUGUUGUUACUGGCAGCAGCGGCGCACCAAAAGCCUCGUCAGUGGAUAGCAGCAAACGCCAGGACCUCCAGAGCAAUGCUAAGCAGUCCAAAGCGGACAGCAAGCCCAAGAAAAAAGGACCUGCCGUUAUGACAGUAAAGGAGAAGAUAGCCGCAGAGAGGGCUAUCAAAGAAGACGCGAAUGCCGAGAAGCACAUCAACGCCUGGUAUGCCGUCUGCAAAACGCUGGAUAAGGAGCAAGAUCCCGGAUCAAGAUAUUUCAAGACAAAAGAGUACCUAAACAGCUUGACGGGAGCCAAGCGCGAUGCUGUCGAAGCUGAAGUACGACUCUUCAUGUUGGAUGCUCUGCUCAGCUUGUGGAUACGCCGCUGCAAAGAAGGAAAGAAGGAGGAAGGUUUUGGCGUGGCGGCACUCCUGUGGAAUACCAUCACCGACAUUGAUAAAGUCAAAGCGGGACUGACGAAGACUGUUGCCGCUCAUGUUCAGUCUGCGGUCAAGAGACUCGGGUUGCCAGCUGUCUCCUUGAGCGCGUCAGCAUCUGCGGACCGCAAACUUCCCUUCACCUUCGUUCUGGACUCCUACGCAGCUCUGGACGUCUCCCUCCCCAUGACAUCGAAGGACUUUCAGCUCAUGCAUUGUGGGCCCUUCUUUGACCGUAAUAUCGACUCUGCACCAGACAGCAGAGUUCCGUUCGAGCCUGACGGCUGGCAGCGAAAGGUCCUUGACGAGAUUGAUGCAAAGCGAAGCCUGUUCGUUGUUGCGCCAACGAGUGCCGGCAAAACGUUCAUCUCGUUCUAUGCGAUGAAGCAGAUCCUGGAGUCAGGAGACGAUGGUGUCCUCGUCUAUGUCGCCCCUACCAAAGCUUUGGUCAAUCAGAUCGCUGCUGAAGUGCAGGCAAGAUUCUCCAAGAGCUUCAAAUACGGCGGAAAGUCUGUCUGGGGUAUCCACACACGGGACUACCGCAUCAACAAUCCGACAGGCUGCCAGGUCCUCGUCACGGUGCCCCAUAUCCUCCAGAUCAUGCUACUAGCACCAUCGAAUGCGAAUUCGUGGUCACGCCGAGUGAAGCGAAUCAUCUUUGACGAAAUCCACUGCAUUGGCCAAGCUGAUGACGGUAUCGUCUGGGAGCAACUCCUGUUAUUGGCGCCUUGCCCGAUCAUCGCAUUAUCUGCGACGGUCGGAAAUCCCGAGGAGUUCAACAGCUGGGUUGCUUCAACUCAACGGUCCAUCAACAUCGAUCUUACAAUGAUUCAGCAUCAUCAGAGAUACUCUGAUCUUCGCAAGUUCAUCUACCAUCCACCCAAGGACUUCACUUUCGACGGUCUGGGUGAGCGACCAAUGCUAGCACCGCUGGGCCUGGACGGUGCAGCUGAGUUUACUUUCAUGCAUCCUGUUGCGAGUCUGAUCAAUAGGUCGAGAGGUAUGCCAGACGACCUAAGUCUUGAGGCUCGAGAUUGCUUCACUCUAUGGCAAUUGAUGGUCAAGAAUCGGAGCAGACGGUACCCCGUGGCCGAGUCGCUGGCACCACACAAAGCCUUGCCGGACAUUGUCCGCAAAGCAGACAUCAUCCAGUGGGAAGCUUCUCUAAAGAAAGUUCUGAAGGAGUGGAUGAGAGACCAAGAUUCACCUUUCAAUGCGGUUCUCGAGGAUUUGAGCAAGCCACACUCCGAACAACGUGCUGGGGGUGCGGUUGCUGACGCUCGACCUUUCGACCCGGAUGGCAUUUGCGAAACGACACUCCCCUUGCUCGCAACACUUCACGCCCAAGAUGCUUUGCCCGCCAUUUUGUUCAACUACGAUCGCAGCAUGUGCGAGAAGAUCUGCACAACGCUCAUGAGCCAGCUUGUGUCAGCUGAGCAACAGUGGAAAGAAUCCAGCCCAAAAUGGAAGGCAAAGGUCACGGCAUGGGAGCAAUGGAAGAAAGAGCAGGAGAAGAAACCCAAGAAGGCCCCACCCAAGACUUCAAAGAAGAAGGGCGGUAAGGGUGACGACGAAGAUGGAGACGAACGCGACAGUAAACUCGACCUGCAAAAGGAUGCUGCCACUGAUGCGAGUCCCUUCGCAUCUUUCAAUCCUGAUGCGCCAGUUGAGGGGUUCCACUUUGCCGACUUGAAGAAACUCCUUCCUUCCGAGCUGCAACAGUAUUGUUACCAACUGGAGAGGCGCGGACUCCCCGCCUGGCUCGGCGAAGGCCUGGCUAGAGGCAUUGGCAUCCACCAUGCGGGUAUGAACCGUAAGUACCGUCAAGUGGUCGAAAUACUCUUCCGCAAGGGAUUCUUGCGAGUUGUCAUCGCCACCGGCACUCUUGCUCUCGGCAUUAAUAUGCCUUGUAAGACGGUCGUGUUCUCCGGAGACUCCGUGUUCCUCACAGCGCUCAACUAUCGUCAAGCUGCUGGUCGUGCGGGUCGUCGUGGAUUCGACAUGCUGGGCAAUGUCGUGUUCCAGGGCGUGCCGUACGGCAAGGUCUGCAGGCUGCUCAGCUCGAGACUACCGGACCUCAACGGACACUUCCCCAUCACCACGACGCUUGUACUGCGGCUUUUCGCCUUGCUCCAUGAGUCGAAAUCUUCGCAGUAUGCUGUCCGCGCCAUCACCUCGCUACUCUCUCAGCCCCGCUUGUAUCUUGGCGGAGAUGAAUCCAAAAUGACAGUCCUCCAUCAUCUCCGAUUCUCCAUCGAAUAUUUGCGGAGGCAACAGCUUCUUGACACCCUGGGGCGGCCUUUGAACUUUGCUGGAUGCGUCUCGCACCUGUACUUCACCGAGAAUUCCAGCUUCGCGUUCCACGCGCUUCUGAAGGAGGGAUACUUCCAUCAACUGUGCAAAGGCGUCCGACCCAGGCCAAAGAGCACCCUGCGGGACUUGAUGCUGGUUAUGGCUCAUCUUUUCGGGCGCCAGCCGUGCCGCCAGGCAGAUCGAGAGUUCAUCAAGGAGGUUGUCAAGCGCUCUCCAUCCAUCGUCUUCCUCCCGCCAUUGCCCGCAAAGGCUGCCAGGGUGCUUCGUCGGCAUAACAACCAGACGCUCCAGAUUUUCAGCACCUAUGUAAGGACGUUCGUUGAUCAGCACAUCGAUUACGACGAUAGCCAUCUGCCCCUCACCGGAAUGAAGUUUGGCGGUGACGCGCCUUCGGCUUCCACCCCACCGGGGGCACUGCCACACGCCGCAAUCAGGUCAUCUUUCGUUGCACUAUCUGGCUACGGGGAUAACUUCGCGUCCAUCUCGGACCUUUGCCACACAACUCGGAGCGGCGUCUUCCUAGAAGAAGCCGUGAUCCCCUACAUCAGUCUCCACCCCGAAGAGUCCGACGUCCCACUGAACGCCUACCUCUACGACUUCUUCAUGCACGGCGACGUCACGGCUCUCGACAAAGCCAACCGUAUCCGGCGAGGCGAGGUCUGGUUCCUUCUAAACGACUUCUCCCUCAUCCUCGCUACUAUCAUCACCAGCCUUAUGAACUUCAUGAAGCUGACCCCGGAGUCCGACGUCGACUUGCUGGACGUCAUGGGCAGCGGCGACGUCUUCGAGGAAUCAAAGGACGACAAGGUCGCGGAGCUCGAGAACGAGCCGCUAGCGGGUGGAAAGGAAGCCGCAGGCGCGAAGCCGCAGCAGGCUCAAGCCAAGAAGAUGGCCGCUACUGUCGACGAUAGCUGGGAUGGGGAAGCUGUGACCGCUGCUGUGGGAGCACUGCGCGUCUCCAAGGCUAAGGCGGCUGAUAGCUGGGAGGACCAUGCUGAUGCUGUCGAGGCGAAGAUUGCUAAACAUAAAGCGAAGCGGACCGCGGAGCAGAAAGAAGCUAACGCUGCUGCGCGCGAUGGGGAUCCUGGAAAAGGGCUGAUGAAUGUGUUGAGGGCGUUUCAGAUGUUGAAGCAGGAGUUUGAUGGGAAGUUUAAGGCUAUGUGGGCGUAG